GCAGUGGCACUCAGUGACAGAGUGCUAUACACACUCACAUGCGCACACACAGACACACUCUCUGUUUCCUCUGUGUCUCUUUCCAAACGUGUCAGUCAACCUAGUCAGUCCAUUAUUUUUGUGUGUGCGUGUGUGGGGGAGAUGUUGAAAAGAACCCGAAUCCAUCCUUCAUCUCUAUGACCGACGGACGAGGGAGACAGAGACAAGGACACAGGGUCAAGCAGGUUCUCCGAAAGAAAACUCACCCUGCUGUGUGCUUCCUGACACCACUACUGCUGCUGUCUAUGAGCUGCACUGAGGCAGAGGAGUGGACUUUCCAACUAUCCUGACACACGGAAAAGCCCUGUUGAAGCUCAGAGCAGCAGCAGACAUCAUGUCGUCUCCUUCCCUCCCCAUGCCUUCUCUCCCUCCCAGCCCUCUGGCCAUGGAGUACCUGAACGAUUUUGAUCUCCUCAAGUUUGAGGUGAAAUCUGACACUCCUCCGCUCCCUCCUCAGUGUACGUAUCCCAAAUCUGGUCUGCCCCAUGACCCCUCCAGCUCUCCAUACACCAGCCACCCUCCCCAAGACUCCAGUUUAAGCUCCAGCCCUUACAAUUCGCUGCCACCCUCGCCAACGCUCAGCGAUGCCCACCCGCCACCCUCUGGCUCUUCCUCUCUGUCCUCAUCAUCCUCCUCCAUCUCCUUCCCACUCUCCAUCUCCAACAGCUUCACCUCUGGAGUCAGCUCUGGCUCUCAGGGGAACGUGGAAAGCAGCCCGGCCCACGUCGGCCCUCAGGGUCCCACCCCGGCUUCGCUGGAGGACCUGAUCUGGCUUGCGGCACUGCAGCAACAGUUUGGGGGUGAAGUGACGGGGCCUGCCACAUUGCUGGGGGCCCUGGGAGGAGUACCAGAGCGAGGAGACAGAGAGAGGGGGGCGGUCAAUGGCUUUCUGGGUUGUGAGGAUGCUGUGGAGGCUUUGCUAAACUCAGCAGCUGCUGCUGUCAGCUCACAGUUUCCAGGUCUUUCUCAGAGUUCAAGUAGUAACCUUGGGGACUCCAGCAGUGACAGUGGAGGUGACAUCUCCUGUGCUAAAGGGGCAGACAUGUGCCAUCGUCCGCUCGUCUUCCUCUCAUCAGCACCCCCCUCACUCCCCAAUGCCGCCCCCAACUCAGCUCCAUACCCACAACCCCUCAGCCCACAGGGCCGCCUUCAUCACCACCAGCAUCACCAUCAUCAGCACCACCCACACCACCCCAUGCAUCACCAUCAUCACCAUCCGCAAGUCAAUCAGUGUGGGGUGAAUGAGCGCUUUUCUGAUGAGCAGCUGGUGAGCCUGUCAGUGCGCGAGUUGAACCGACACCUGCGUGGAGUGAGUAAGGAUGAAGUGGUGCGUUUGAAGCAGAAACGACGCACACUGAAGAACCGUGGCUAUGCCCAGUCCUGCCGCUACAAGCGCUUACAGCACCGCCACGCUCUGGAAUCUGAGAAACAUGUGCUCACACAACAGUUGGAGCAGUUACAGUGUGAGCUGACUCGAGUGCUAAGGGAGAGAGACACCUACAAGGCUCGCUACGAGAAGCUCCUCAGCACAAACCACAGCACUGGCGAUGCCCCGCCAACACGCGCAAACAACCCACCAUCCCCACCCCCUGACUACUUCCUCUGAGUUUAACCCCGGGGGGUGGGUGGGGAAGAAGAAGAACAAGACCAGCCAACUCAAUCAACUAUGAUAAUCAGACUUGGGGAAGAAAACAAGGAUGUGUGUGUAUGUGUGUGUGCAUGUGUGUGUUUGUGUUUGUGCAAAGGAGAGAGAGAGAGAGAGAGAGAGAGAGAUAAGUGAAAGAGAGACAUUGGCAGGUUACAACUGUGAAAUCCACCCCUGAGUGACUAAAGAGGAAUUGACUGUUAAUUCAUAGCAUUAGAUUCAGCUUUAGGCUGCUUCUUGAGCUCAGUUUUGCUUCACUGUGAAUGACAGUUGCACAAACCUUUGCUGAGACGUCUUCAAAAUGAUUUGCUGGAGAUAUCCGUGCAAUGGUCGACAAAAGAAUUUUAAAAGGGCUUUAUCCUGCAUUAACAGUAUUAGUAGUUCCUGACACUGCUGAGCAUAUGAUCUACGCAAUAUAACAGAGCUGAUAUACCUGCAACGGACUCUCCAAAAUGUCUGAGGCAAGGCUAAAACUGUAGUUUUUUUUUUUUUUUUUAAUUUAUUUUUUUCAUUUUUUUUUUUUUAUAAUAAGCUGCUAAAGCUGCAGAGGUCUGUGUAGUGCAGUGGUGCUGGAUGUGGAGUGGUAUGGGCUUGGAUAAAGUAUCCAUGGCAUGCAGUUGUAUUUGCCAGCUAACAUUUCACAGUUGCCUACCAAAGUGUUGAAGCUCACCAGAACUUGUUAUUCUUUGUAAGAUGAAUAAUCAUAGAUUAAAGAAUGUACAAGGAUCCCUUUGAUGUGGAUCUUUCAGUGAUUGUGCUAAAUGAACAGUUCAAUAUUAAUCUGGUGUUGUAGCAAAGAUACAUCUUCUAAAAAAUCUACCUUUUGCUAGUUGGAAGUGGCCACUUUCUGCCAUUACCAGUAACAAAAAGACUUGCUGUUUGCUCUCUGUUUGCUCUUAAAAAUGGGUUUUAAAAAAAGAAGUGGAGCUGGUAGUAUGCUUAACUAAAGCAACUGCAUCUGGUGAAAGAGACAAAUCACAAGGAGGGAAGGAGUAUGGCAUGAUUUGUGUGGUUGUGGCCGGUUCUCCAGAAUAAACUGAGCUACAGGAACAAUCAUCAUAUUAAUGCGACAUGCAGCACCACAGAGCUGGUCACUGUGGACUCGAGUACUGUGGGCUGGGAAUGCAAAAAUACAUUAAGGAUGCAGGGAAAAAAUGCAAAAAAAAAAUCUCUUCGUGGAGACAACUUCUUAACUGUCCCAUGAUAUCAUUGCCAGGGUUUAUGCAUUAGAGCUAUAUAUUUUGUUUGGGUGUAGGUUAAAUACAUUGUUCUUUUAUUUAUUCACUUAUUUAUUCAGUAUUUAUUCAUUGUUUGUUUAUGUACUAUUCUGAUUAUUUUACUUCACUGGUUUUAUUUCAUUAGGGUGUAUUUUUACUUUCCUACAGUUUAUUAUUUUAUCCAAUUGUGAUUAGGAUUAACAUUACUACAUACAUAAUGACCAUUAUCAUGGUUUCCUGCUCCUGUUGUAGUGUGGUUUCAUGUGCAUAUGAAAUAAACAAAGUACUUUACCAU